UUCAGUCAGCUCACAUUUCUAAGACACCGGGACCUUUCGGGCAGUGCAAGAGGACACUGUCCCUUUAUACAGAGUUUCAAAGAGAUGACAUACUGUCUACCAUCUGCAGCUGUCACAUGGAGAACUACCAUAAGACUCGGACGGUGGAGCAGCCCUGCCCCAGUCCCUUCCCUGGACUCCCCCCUGACACACCUGAGGUCUGUGUCAAAGAUGGCAGCAAGAUCCGCAACCUGAUGCGCUUUGCCUUGAGCCGCAUGGAGACCAAGUCCAAACCAGCUGAGGGUGAGGAGGGGCAUAAGACUGAUGAAGGUUUUGUUGCCAUGGAGAUACAGGAAGCUACAGAUCACCCCCCUGCCCCAGAGAAGCCACUCAUUGGGCAGAUUGUCUUUAGGGCAUCGGGUAAGGGUGUGUCUAAGGCCAUCACAUGCACAGAGCUGGUAAAGCGGCGGGUGAAAGGGCUCCACCAGCACACCAAGUUGCUGUACAGCACAGCUGUGGAUGUGUGGGACCCCCUGGAGCCCACAGCAGGGCUGGAUAGUCUGACGGUCAGUAGGAACAUCCCCAGCAUUUGGAUCCUCCUGUCCAAGGAUCCUUUGGACUCCAGCCUGCCUGGGUACCAGGCCCCAGGGAACUUUGACACCCUGUGGGCUCAGUCCCUCAGGGAUGAUGGAGGAGCUUUUGGGGGACAGAGACGAGGACAGAGGAGAAAGCGGGGAGGAGGAGGAGGGGCAGGAGCGUUAGCAGGAGGAGGAGCUAGCAGCAGCAGAGGAAAAGCACGGCCAGCUCGACAAAUGGGGCGACCCAGAUAGCAUGCUAAAGGCCAGAGUUGAUUUAACCUUUUGCUGAAGCAAGAAAAUAAUUUCUUAAAGUGGCUCCGAACAGACGCUGGGUGGCUGUGGUGGUCCCAGGCCCCCACAGUGUCAAUGCUACACCAAUACCUUGACCAAUUUGAGCCUAAAACAAGCUUGACUAAAGGUGUCAUGGUAUUUAAAGUGUCAUAUACAGGUGCUUUUGUGUCUUCUAUGUUUUGAGUUCAUUCGAAGCUAAGGGUCCAUUUUGAGACCUUCAAAGUGUAGGGCACCAUCUGAAUCAUGAAUGAUAAAGUUAGCUCUCUUAACAGGUCUGUUUGUGCGGCCGAAGUUGAAUUUUUGAAGAUGUUGAUUAAAGGUGGUAAAAACCA